AUUAAAUUGGUGCAGUGGAAUUACAUUACUCGAGCUUUUUACUCAAAAAAAAAAAAAAAAUAAAAAAAAAAAAAGCUUUGUUAUUAGUAAUAUUCACAUUGCAAACGUCGAAAGACCAUUUAUCUGACGAAAAUCUUAUCUCUUUAGAAAUAUAAUUAUAACGUACACGAUAUUAUUUGCAAUGGGACGAUGAAAAUGUUACGGAAAAUAAAUGCAUUUUGGAACGUCCAAAAGAGACAACCAAGAGAGACUAGAAAGAUGCAGGCGCUACGAUCCCGGAUUGCCGGGCAGCGAUUGACGUCAGUGAUAGGCGGCCAAGAUGGUUGUCAAUGUUGAUAAGUGGUUUAGUUCCUCAAACGAUCAGUGAUAACGCGGCCGAUCGACAGCAGACUUGUAUAAGGGUACAUUAUGCCUGUAAAAUAGAAGUUUUUAAAAGUGACGAAGACAUUAGGGGCCUUCGCAUUUUCUGCGAGGGAUGGCGGACAGUGAAGAUCCGGAACAAGAGAUUCGACGAGCCUUGGACGUCGUUCAAUCCAUGAUUGACAUUUCUGCCGAUCGACUGGAAGGUUUGAGAACUCAAUGCUCGACCAGUGCGGAACUAACUCAACAGGAGAUACGAACGUUGGAAGGAAAAUUGAUUAAGUUAUAUUCGAAGCAACUCGUGACUAAAGCCAAACUUACUGUAGAAUCAUUGCCAGCAGAAAUGAGACAGUAUCCAUCCUUGCAACAGUGGUUACGUGUAGUGGGUCUAACACAAGAAUCCAUUCAAAUGGUUUGUUCAAAAGCUAAUUCUCUUGAAGCAUUGAAAGAAAAAUCAGAACAUGAAUUGGGUACUAUGCUAGGUGAGAAUAAUAUUAAACAUGAAGAAGAACUUCGUAGACUUUGUAGAGCAUUGCACAAUCUGCGCAGAUAUAUGGAUGUACUUUUAAGAGGAGAGGUAGAUAACAGUGAUAUGAACUUGUAUUGGGAUUCUUGGGAUAGACAUCAUUUACGUACCGGAGCAUCUCCUAGACCAAUUCGUUCUCGUACUACAAGAUGUUCUGUUCCCUCUGAAGAUAGUAUUCCAUAUCACAAUAACAAUAAUAAUCUCACUAGCGAUAUGCUAGCGCAAGCUUCUUCUAUUACAUCUUUAUCAUCUACUAGUCCACCUUCUACGCCAUUAUUACAAAGACAAGGGCAUGCGAUCAAAUUUCCUACAACUCCACCUCCUUGUAAAAAACAUCAAAUUGGUUUACAAAAUACUAUAUCACAACCGGAAGUGUUUCCAUUAACUAAGUCAAAAUCUCAUGAAUCACAGUUAGCAAAUCGUCUCGAAAAUGGAGACACAGCUUCUAGUUGUGCAAGCGAACAUCAUGUUAGUUCUGUAGGAAGGAGAAAUCGUUUACCUACAGAACCAGGAUCAUGCAGUAGCAAUGCAGAUAUCAUGACAGAAUGCUUCUUACCAAAUAGUAACAGUCCUAUUAAAUCACCUCCAUAUUCCAGUGCAGAUAGUGAUGAUAACAGUUUUAAAGGAACUGUAAUAACAAGCUUGCAAGUGCCAAAAUCGCCGCGUACUCCAACUGUAACACGUGGGAUGGGUCAUAUUAUUGCUCAUCGUUUUACAAAAACCUUUAAAAUGAUGACUACUUGCGACUUUUGUGACAAACAAAUGUUUAUAGGAACUGGCUUGAAAUGCAAAGAAUGUAAAUAUAAAUGUCAUAGAGACUGUGAAUCUAAAGUACCUCCCUCUUGUGGCCUACCUCAAGAACUUUUUGAUGAGUUCAAAAGAUCUGUUCAGGGCGAUGGUAUGGUUAAUGUGUCUCCAAUAUUGAACAAACCAAUCAUAACAUCCCCAAAUCAUCAUAGUUCUAAUUUAUUGGCUUCGUUGAAUCGAAGAGAUCGAAAGCGAUCACACCCUCAUUCUUCAAUGAAUAUACCUUUUCAGGGUGCUGAUUCUAGUUCGAAUACCUCGAGCUGCAAUAGCUCAACACCUUCUAGUCCAGCUUUAUUACCUGCCAAUACUAGCCAAACUCCACAAGCACCUAUGAAGCAACAGUUCCAUUUUCCAGGCGAUGUGUUUACAGAUGUUGUAUUAAAUGAAAAAGGUGUUACAUUGGAAACACAUCGUCUUGAAAGUACAACUGUCUCGAGUGAUAGUGAGAGGACAGUAAGUGUUUCUGGCUCUGGCAGUGUUAGCACUGAUUCAGAAAGAACACCAGUCAGAGUAGAUUCCCAGGAUUCUCAGGUUUCUGAUGGGGAACCAGGAGAUAGCCGGUGGCCUCGUCAAAAUAGCUUAUCUAUGAGGGAAUGGGACAUUCCAUAUGAUGAAUUAAAAAUUGGAGAACCUAUAGGCACUGGAAGAUUUGGAACAGUCUACAGAGGAAAUUGGCAUGGAGAUGUUGCGAUUAAAGUUUUAAAUAUGGACUAUUAUCUUGAUGACGAUAAAACAUUAGAAGCCUUCAAAUUAGAAGUGGCUACAUUCCGAAAGACUAGACACGAAAAUUUGGUUUUAUUUAUGGGAGCUUGUAUGAAACCCCCUUGUUUAGCUAUAGUAACUAGUAUGAGCAAAGGCAUGACACUUUAUACCCACAUUCAUUUACGAAAAGAUAAAUUCAAUAUGAAUAAAACGACUAUUAUCGCUCAACAGAUUUCUCAGGGAAUGGGGUAUCUUCAUGCCCGUGGUAUAGUUCACAAGGAUUUGAAAAGCAAAAACAUAUUUUUAGAAAAUGGAAAAGUAGUAAUAACUGAUUUUGGUCUAUUCAGUGUUACUAAACUCUGUUAUGGUAAUAGGAAAGGUAAUGGAUUAAGCAUACCACCAGGUUGGUUGUGUUAUUUGGCUCCUGAAAUUGUACGACGAUUAAAACCGCAACAAACUCGAGAUCAAGAAGAAUUACCAUUUACAGAUGCUUCUGACGUUUAUGCAUUUGGAACUGUGUGGUAUGAACUUUUGUGUGGUGAAUGGCCAUUCAAAGGUCAACCACCUGAAGCUAUAAUUUGGCAAGUAGGUAAAGGAAUGAAGCAACCUUUGGCUAAUUUACAAGCCUCCCGUGAUGUUAAGGAUAUUUUGAUGUUUUGUUGGUCAUACCAUCCUGAAAAUCGACCUGACUUUGCAAAACUGUUAACUACACUUGAAAAGCUACCUCGUAAAAGGUUAGCACGUAGUCCUUCUCAUCCUAUUCAUCUUUCUCGUUCUGCAGAAUCUGUGUUUUGAAUAUGUUUAAGUCUUUAAAUACGCUGUUAUUCUCGUAGUGUACAUAUAGAGAUGUGCAAUUAUUGCCAGAUCUUUGUUCGUGAAAGGGAAAAUAAAAAUCAUUGAAAAUUUG